AUGGCGGCCGCCGAGGCGACCAGCGAGACACCCGGGAGGCCGGGGGCCGCCGAGCCCGAGGGGGCGCGUGGCUGGCGCUGCCCGGAGCACGGCGACCGCGAGGUUGAGCUCUUCUGCCGCCGCUGCCAACGCUGCGUGUGCGCGCUGUGCCCCGUGCUGGGCGCGCACCGCGGCCACCCGGUCGGUCUGGCGCCGGAGGAGGCGGCGCACGUGCAGAAACUCACCCAAGACUGUUUGAAGCAGUUAGCAACCAAGACGCAACAAGAAGUUGACAACAUAGCCCAGAUAGAAGACGCUGCUGAGAAGCUGAAGGCUCACGCAGACUCAAGUAAAACCUGGCUGGCAGGGAAAUUCACAGAACUGCGACUGCUGCUUGAUGAGGAGGAAGCACUGGCCAAGAAAUUCAUUGAUAGAAACACGCAGCUUGCCCUGCAGGCGUACAAGCAGCAGACGGAGUCCCGAGGGCAGCACAUCAAGGUCUUGAACGACCUCUCCCACCGCGUCUGGACUAUCAGCCAGGAGACCAAUCCCUUCCAACUGCUGCAGGCGUACUCGGCCGCCAAGCAGGAGAUGCAGCAGCAGAUGAGCGUGGGGGAGCUGUGCCACCCCGUGGCCCUCUCUUUCGAGCCCGUCAAGAGCCUCUUCAAGAGCCUCGUGGAAGCCGUGCAGAACACGCUUCAGGAACCCCUGGAAGUCCGCCUUCGGGCCAAUGAGAACAGUCGGCUCUCCGGCUCCUGCAGCGCCCCGCCUGGUACCUUGUUGAAAACCGGUCCACCCCCGGAGAGAGCACUCUUCUUAAAACAUGCGCGCACGCCCACGCUGGAGCCGGACACGAUGCACGCGCGCCUGCGCCUCUCCGCCGACCGCUUGACGGUUCGCGUCGGGCUGUGGUGCCGCCUGGGCCCGGCUCCCGCGCUGCGCUUCGACGCGCUGUGGCAGGUGCUGGGCCGCGACGGCUUCGCGGCCGGCCGCCACUACUGGGAGGUGGACGUGCAGGAGGCGGGCGCCGGCUGGUGGGUGGGCGCGGCCUACGCCUCCCUGCGGCGCCGCGGCUCGCAGGCGCCCGCGCGCCUGGGCUGCAACCGCCAGUCGUGGUGCCUCAAGCGCUUCGACCUGGAGUACUGGGCCUUCCACGACGGACAGCGGCACCGCCUGCGGCCCCGCCACGACCCCGACCGCCUGGGCGUCUUCCUGGACUACGAAGCCGGCGUCCUGGCCUUCUACGACGUGACGGGGGGCAUGAGCCACCUGCACACCUUCCGCGCCACCUUCCUGGACCCAGUCUUCCCGGCCCUGCGGCUCUGGGAAGGCGCCAUCAGCAUCCCCAGGCUGCCCUAGGGGCCAGGGACUGAGCGCCAGCCUCUGAUGUCCCCCAACCCCGCUGCGACUGGCCACUGCCUCCUGGCUCACACCUGGGCACUCCCCUCGCGAGCAGUCAGGCCUGUGCUCCCAGCAGCCAUUCAGAGAUGGCCUAAAGAAGGCGCCUGCACUACUGCUCCCUGCAGCGUCUACUCUCGGCGGCGGUGCUUUGAGUUCGGGUCCCCGGAAGAGACGUUGCACACUGAACUGUAAGCCGUCGGCGUUCCUGACCCUCAGCCUGGGACCCUAAUUGACUCAGCACCUAGAACUGUGCCUGGCACAUAGUAAGUGCACGAGAUGCCGGUGGCUGGGCACGGAGCCAGGCGGGCGCCCACUCUGCCUGUUGGGUCUCUUUUAACUGUCUUGUGGUCUGCUUCUGAGACUGAUGUCUUCAGCAUGCCCCUAUCACCUCCCUUCAGAGCGGCUGGAGAGUGUCUACACGGGAUGCGCUGAAUCCUCUUUCAUCCCCAGCCUGGUGAACAACCUCAAAUGUCGCACCUAACCUCUAACCUCUCGGAACUAUUCCUGGAGCUCUCUCCCAAGAUGACAAGGGGUUGGGGGGGAAAGCACCUUGCCUUAGCAUUCAAGGCUUUUCUAGUCUGCCCCAAACUACUCACCCUCAUCAAGUUCCUGUUGCUCUUCUCAGGGACCCUCCGAGCAGACCUCAGGGUCACAAAGACCUGAAGCCUUUGUUAUUGCCCUCCUCCACGCCAGAUCACCACACAGGGCACAGGAAAGCCCUCUCUUUCCUUGACCUCGCUCAGUCUUCCCCGGCCUUCACUGCCUCCCCGCAAGCCCCAAAGUCUCCCCAAGCUGUCUCUUUCCUACUUAGAGACACAAGUCCGGGGCCUCCCUUUCCAAUCACAUUGGAAGCAUUCUGACGCAGCUAUGGCCUGUGCACUCCCCACCAGGAACAGGGCAGGUGGAGAGGAAAGGCCAGUAGCUGGUAGUCAUUGAAUCACAGGACAGCUGAGCUGGGAAAGCCUCAGAGGUCACCCAGCCUUGACCUCCUUGUGCACUGUGGGGAGUCGUGAGGUCUUUCCAGAAAGAAAGAGAAGUUCUCAGAUCUUCCCACAGCAACUUUAAAUUGGUCCAGCCCUGGGGCAGGUCUAAUUCCUUGUUCCCCUGUCCCCCAGACAAGUGUCUAACUUGCUCCUUGGGCCAGCCCUUGUGGAUCAGCUUCCACCCUGGGAGAUAUGAAUGCUCAUUCAUUUCUCUGGGGAUGUUGGGAAGAAAUCAGCACAUGGCUGUCGCUAAGCAACCACAGGCAGUUUUCCCAACUGCUACUGGGCAAGUCUAUGUGAGUGGGCAGUCCCAGACAUCCCCGCCCUCCUCGGUUUCCUCAGCUCCAGAUGUUGUCAGGGAAACCCAGAUAAUCUAAUUGUCUAGAAAGAGGGACAAGUAGAGAAGGCCGGGCCAGGGCAGGUCACCAGAGGGAGGUGUAGGUCUCUUCCCAAGGUUUGUGCCUCAGUUCUAAAGGUCCGCAUCCUCCCUGGGUUUGUUACGUCCCUUAAAUGGACGUCCCUUGACUCAUCCUGUGUUAGAGCAUCUCUUUAGGUCCUUGGUAGGUGUGGGCAAGAGUAGGCUAACGCAGCCAAGCUGAGUCCUCAGUGUAGUCUAGCUCAGUCCAUUGAUGAGGCUGACCCUAUGAAACUGCCAACCAAUCGUGUUGACCUAGAAAAUACCACUUUCACAGGAGGUCACCCUAAUAAGAGUUGGAUACAAAGUCGAAGAUACCUAAGAUGUGUCUUUACAACUCCAGCUAGAGACGAUGAAGCAUUAUAAUGCAGGAAUCUCAAGAAGGGGGCAAUUCAUUCUGGGGAUGGUGCAGAGGUGAAUUCUGGCAGGCAGAUGACACUCCAAAUGUAGGAAGUUAGGGGCAAUGAUGCCCCUGUCCCCGAAGACCAACACUUGUUCCUUGACCCACAAACCCAGGGGCCAACUAAACAGUACUGACUGGACAGCCUACCGGUGUUUGAAUGCUUUUAACCCGGAGGUUAUUUUCCCACUGGUCAUGUCAGAAUGGAAACAGGCUGAGUAACUCGCCCUGGGACAGCCAGCUAGUAAUGGAGUUGGGGUCUGAGGGAGGCCAUCAGCAGCAGGUCUGUGUUCAAGCCCACGGAGCCCUACCCUCCAGGGUGACGGCUGCUGGCCCGUGACACUGUUCUUUGGCUCUGUUUUCCAGCCCAUGGUAUUCUUUUGCCUGCUUGUUCCACGAGACUUACUAGUACUUUGGGAUUGCCUUGUUUUGAGAAUCUGGAAUUUACAUAGCAACAGAACUGGCCCUGGAAAGACAAAAGCCUCCAUCAAAUGUCUAUUUUGUGCCAAGGCCUGUGGUAGCCAGAAAAUAGGCUUUUCAGCCACAAGCCAUUGGGUGACUUCAGGCUAGUUACCUUUUUCUUCUUCCCAGAGUAUCUGUAAAACGGGGCUGGAGGUCCCACCUGCCAAUUAUGUGAGGCUCCCAGGAAUCAAAGGUCGUGAACUUGCCUUAACUGCAGUGCUCACCAGGCAGGGUCUGUUAGCAUCACUAGCUUUCACAGUGGCCUCCACCGUGUGGAGACACUGAUGUUCUCCCUGCCUUUGGGCAGAAUCAGGAGCCUCUUUGAAGCCCUUCACCACAGAUCAAAGCUUCCUUGGGAUCCACAUCUGUAAGGGGCCAAUAGGUCGCUCAGAUUUGAGUUGUGGAAAUUUCUUUAUUGGCAUAGCAAAUUGCUUGCAUAUGAAAGACGAUAAUUUUGUAAUUAUGUGAUUUAAUAAAAUAUAAAACCUGU